AUGUCAUUCUUUGUUAUGUCAGAUAAAGAUAAAAACAAUGAUAAAGAUGAAGAACUCAGUGUCGAUCCAUUAGAUAAAAUGAGCAAUGAUCAAAUCAUUGCUCAGUUCUAUAGAAAGAUUCUAGCUUGGGAUGUAUCAAAUUUGAGAGCAAAUGAGAAACUGUUGAAACCAGUAAAAGUAGAGUUUUUAGAUAGACACGAUUAUAUUGAUACAUUCGAACCGUUACUCUUGGAGGAAUGUAGAGCACAGUUGGAGCGAUCGAUUGAGGAGGGUGGCGAGAAGAACGAUGUUGAGAAUGAACCGGUUUUUAGUAGAGUUCGUUACAUUUCAGAGAAUUCCGACUUUUUGGACGUCGGAUUGGUCAUGACCAAGGAGAAUGAGAUGUAUCAAUUCCAUGAGAACGACUUGAUGAUGAUUUCGCUGCAUCAUCCAAUGAUUCUUUUCGGUGGCGAUGAGAAUGAAGAGAUAACAGACGACGAAGAUCCAAGUAAUGUUGUCGAUCGUGCUAAUGGCGCUUCGUCCACUGGCGCAUCGGCAGCGGCCGGCGAAGAUCCAGACAAGGUCUAUACCACCGAGAAGAAGAAGAAAAAGGUGAUUCCACCGUCAAAAAUUGAAGUCACCGACGCCAAUCGUUAUCUUCAUCUGGUUGGAACCGUCGAGCAAUUUGAAAUGGGUGGAAUCAAAAGAGAGUAUCUUGCACUCUACACAACAGCUAAAACUUCAUUUAUGAAAACUCUAUUGUUGGCAGAUGAUGAAGAACCAGGUGUACCAAUGAAAAUUCCACCAGCAUUAAAAGAAAAGUUUGAAUCAUCUUAUAAUCCAUCACAGUUUGGUGCUUUGACAUCAGCUCUCUCUGGAUCGAAUAUUACAUUGAUUCAAGGUCCACCAGGUACAGGUAAAACACAUGUAAUCGUUGGUUUAUUGAGUGUUUUACUUCACAGUACCGAAGUACCAAAGCAUGUCAUCGAAGAGAAAGAAUCGUUAGUUCACAGAGAGCUAUAUGAGUUUGAAAAACUUGAAAGUUGGGAAAUCUCACAACCAUGGUUAAAGAAUGGAUUUAAGAAUAUUAGAGAUGAUUAUACUUUGAUUGAUUACAGCUUUGAAGAGAAAGAAGAAAGAAGAAAGAGAGAUCUCUGGAGAAAACUUAGAGAGACCGGUACUACCAAGAAUAUCGCUAGAAAGAAGAGAAUCUUGUUGUGCGCGCCAAGUAAUGGUGCUGUCGAUGAAAUCGUUACUCGUCUGAUCAGAGACGGUCUUUUGAAUCACGAAGGAAAGUCCUAUAGACCAAACUUGGUUCGUGUAGGUCCUGGUUCACAUCAGGAUGUCGAGCCAGUCACUCUCGAGUAUAUGGUUCGUUGCAGACAACAGUUGAUGAAUUCAAACUCGGCGAUUCCAUCGUCGUCCGCUUCAACCGCUGUCGCCACCACCUCACCAAAAUCAAGUUUAGAUACAAACUCAAUUAGAACUCUGGUUUUGGAGGAUGCAGAGAUCAUUGCGACAACCCUUUCGUUCAGUGGUUCCUCGAUUUUGAUGAAGAUGAAUGGAUUCGAUAUUGUAAUUAUUGACGAGGCUGCACAAGCCGUGGAGACAUCGACUUUGGUGCCAAUGCAACACAAGUGUAAAAAGAUUGUUUUGGUCGGUGAUCCAAAGCAGUUGCCAGCUACCAUCAUCUCGCCGAUCGCAAUCAAACAAAAGUACGACCAAUCGCUUUUCCAGAGAUUACAGGAGAAGAGAACACCACAUAUGCUCACCACUCAAUACCGUAUGCAUUCUUCGAUUCGUGCAUUCCCAUCGAAACAUUUCUACAACGACUUGCUCGAGGACGGUCCAAAUAUUCCAUCGCGUGCCACCAACUAUCACGCCAAUCCAUUCUUUGGUCCAUUGAUUUUCUACGACCUCUCGUUCUCUGUUGAAACCAAGCCAGGCGGUGGAUCGGUCUUCAACGAAGAUGAGUGUAGAAUGGCACUGCAACUCUAUCAGUUACUCCUCAAGACGUACCCAGAUGAACUAUUUUCAGGCAGAAUUGGUAUCAUCUCACCAUAUCGUCAACAGGUACUCUCGUUGAGAGAGUACUUUAAAAACUACUCUGGUAUCAGCAUUGAUACAGUUGAUGGUUUCCAAGGUAGAGAAAGAGAGAUUAUUAUAUUCUCAUGUGUAAGAGCACCCGCUGAGAAAGGUGCAGGAAUAGGUUUCCUUGCUGACGUCCGUCGUAUGAACGUAGCUCUUACCAGACCAAGAUCUUCCUUGUUAAUCAUUGGAAAUUCGAAAUCAUUAUGUAUAAAUCCAGAUUGGUAUGAAUUAAUUAAACAUGCCCAAGAUAAUAAUAAUCUUAUCCCAAUUACAAAUCCAUCAUUAGAGACAAUAGUUCCAACAUUGAACAAUACUGAAUUAUUUGAUGAACUAUCAGCAAAAGGACAAGCUGUUAAAUUGGUUGCGCCAUCAGGUCCAAACCCAGACGACAAGAAUCUUAAGAAAGAUAACAAGAGAAAGAAAACUCAAAGAAAGCAAAACAACAACAAUAACAACAAGAAUAAUAAGAAUAAUAAGAAAACAAAGAAUAGUGCUAAUAAUAUCUACACAGCUGUAACAAGUUAG